GUCUAGCGGUUAGGAUUCCUGGUUUUCACCCAGGCGGCCCGGGUUCGACUCCCGGUAUGGGAACUUCCUUUUAGUUACUAAAUGUUUUUAUUGCGUUACAAUCCUGUGUUAAAAACAUAGUGAUCAUAGUAUGACCUGUUUGCUGGCUGCACUAAGACAUUCUUUAAAAACGGUAAUACUGAAUAGGUUCAGAUACGUUUACAUGAUUUCGUUGUUUUACUGCGUUGGGUUACUUCCUACUUCAUAUGGACAUGUGAUGUGUGACAUGAAUUGUCACAUGACGCUACACGGAAGUGGUAAACGACUGAUUCCUAGAGGACGCUACGGCGGUAAAGACUGUAUGAGAAAAUACUUGAGUUAUUAUAAAAAGUCGUCAUGGGUGUUUCCGAAUUGGAGGAAUCUUCUAUGUUACUGGAUGAAAAACUGCUCCGUUUCAUGGACCAGCUUGAGUCACUGGAGGAGAAACGGGCCACUCUGAACUCCCUCAUAGAGCAGGGAUGGUUUUCUAUGUCCAAGGCUAGAUAUUCCAUGGGAAACAAACACGUCUCUCCACUUCAGUAUGCGAGUGAGAUAGAGCCACUGGUCUGUGUGCAUGCCAAAACACUGGACAGUGGUGACGUGGAUUUCUGCACAGAAAGGGAGAAACAAAAAUCUUGUAAUGAGGUUGGAAAAGAUAACGGGUCAAUAGAGGAUAUUGGACCUCAGGAAGAAGGUGUCAGGAGAAGAAUCAAAUCCCCAAAAGAUAUGACAGAGAAAGAGGCAAGUGAACGAACAAGCAGUGAGAAGGCUCCUGAAGUGACUCCAGUAAGAAAAAGCGAAAAGAAUCCUCAACAAGAUCCACUGAAAUGGUUUGGGAUUCUGGUGCCACAAUCUCUUAAACAUGCACAGUCGGCAUUUAAGAAAGUCAUAGAGCUGUCAGCUGAGAUUGCAACCCUGCAGACUGCAGUAUUGAACACCAGGCAGGAUCUGAAGCACAGCAUGAAGGACAAACACAUUCUCCUGCAGGAAGCUUCAGCAAACAAGUUGGACAAGGUGUCGACUAAAUAACUCAGUCAAAUCUGGAGAUGAUCUGAGAGCGUGUGACACAGACAGUGGCCGGUUGGAGUCAGCAGACCAAGGUUCAAUUCGACGGUGAUCUUCCCGGUGAAUUAAGAAGUGGAGAUUACAGCGGAUUCUGUAAUGACUCAAUGUUUAAAUAGUAAUAGAUUAUGUUUGAUACUGUGCGUUUUCACUGUCUCACUCCUACAUCUCUGACCUGUUGGAGAUGGAUCUGUUUGUCAAUUGUAUUUUAGUAUUUUAAAUACAUUUUGAGCUGUAGACUGUAAGACACAUGUUUAACUAUAAACAUAACCUGUUUGAUUAUUUUCAAUUACUGGCAUCCUUUACAAAGGAUUUAUAAAUUGCAAUUUAAACCUAAUAAAUCAACUGUUUUUUUUGGAAUGGUGUAUAUAAUGCAGUAAUAUUUUGUUGGUAGUCCCUUAAUAAAUCCUAAAUAAAUUGUUAAUAAAUAUACUAAAUAAAUCAACCCGUUUUUUGAAUGGUGUAAUAAUGCAGUGAUAUUUUUUUGGUAAUCCCUUAAUAAAUCCUAAAUAAAUUGUUCAUAAAAAUACUGUGGCCCAGAUCCUCAGCAGCCAUUUCCCAGAACAUUUUUAUCAGCAUAACAAUGAUUUCCAUAAAUAUGAAUCGAUUGCAUUCCUCUCUUAUUUGUGUUUUAUUGUGUUUUUAUCGCAUUGUUUUAUUGUUUUGGUUUGCUGCCGAAUGAAUUACAUUGCUUAUAACUGAUGUGUAAAGCAAUGGUGAACGACGUAUUAACCAACCUCUUGUUCCUUUACUAAGGUGGCGUUUUUAGAGAGUGGCACCAAAUUGUCUUGUGUUAAUGUUCAUAUUUGUGUUUCCU